AUGUGUACGAGAGCUGGGAUAUAUAAGGACAAGAAUGUUGAUACGUUGGACUCCAAUCAAAAGGAACGGUUAGUGCGAUCCAACUUUUCAAAGAGGACUGAUUGUGGUGCACUAUUAUGUGUAAUUUUUGAGGCUGGAUCAUGGAAGGUUUAUAAGUUUGUUGAGCAGCACAACCAUGAUCUUGUUGAACGUCCUGAUAUGCAUUUCCUUCCAACUGAACGACACCUCACUCAACUCCAGAAGCAUGUUAUACACAACAUGUCUAAGUUGAAUUUGGGCCCAGUCAAGGCGUUUAAUGUUAUGAAGACUUGUUUUGGCAGUUUUGAAGACGUCGAUGCAAGUAAAGUUGAAUUUAAGAACUACAAGAGAUAUGCUAUGGUGUUUGUACCGUUCACUGGUAUAGACAAUCACCAUUGCAAUGUUACAUUUGGUGCUGCAUUAUUGGCGUCAGAAACUGCUGAUAUGUAUAUUUGGUUGUUGAGAGUUUUUCUAAAAGCUAUUUGUUCUCAACCAAAAGUUGUUGUCACUAACCAAGAUCCAGCAAUGAAGAAGGCUAUUUCUACUGUUGGUGUUAGGCUAUGCAAUUCCACCAAUUUCAAAGAACGUAUUUGUGGUGCUGUGCGGACGGAUAUUCUUAUACCCGAAGAGGAAUCUUGGAUCCCUGCAUACCAUAGAAUGGAAGAGCUGUCGGGCCUUAUGCGAACGACAUCGAGGCCGGAGAGUGAGGAUCAUUUUUUUUUGUCAAAAGCACAAUGUCACACGCACAGGAAAAAUGAUCAUGAAUCUCGAUACAAACGCUCCCAGUUGAAGAGUAAUUACCAAGUGUUGGAGGGCCAAGCUGCUGACAUAUACACGAAAAAUAUUUUUUGUGACGUUCAAGUUGAGCUAAUCGGAAUUGCAUAUUGCAUAAAUCAACGUUAUGAAGAUCAGCCCGAUGGGUUUGUUAAGUUUUACAUAAAUGAUUUCCAACAGCCUUGUACAUCCUUAUAUGAGGUAAUGUACCGUAAGUCUGAUUGGACAUGCAGUUGCUCAUGCAGGCGUUUUGAGCAGUCUAGUUUGCUAUGUAGACAUAUAUUCUAUGUCUUGAGAAGUUUGGACAUUAGGGAAUUUCCAAAACAAUACAUUUUGAAUAGAUGGCGUAAAGAGGCUUCCCCAAACUGCUCUUUCGAAUACUCAAUUAGUCGUGAAUAUAUGACCGAGCUUGAUCCCGAUGUGCAAAGUAUGGUUCAAGACACGCAGAUUGUUGCUCUUCCUGCUAGUACUAGGGAUAGAUUUGUCGAGAUAACCGGUCAAAAUAAAAACGACAAGAAUCCGAUAAGAGUUCCUGUUGGGUAUAAGUCCAAAGGUUUUGGAUCUCGGAAGCGCCUAAAAUCUAAACAUGAGAUAGCAAUCAAGAAAAUGAAAUCAAAGUUGAAACCCGGGGCCAAAGAAAGACAGUGUUAG